GCGCAAGAUGAGUAAAGAUAACUUGAGUCUAUUUGAAAAUUACACGGGGGAAACGGCGAUUUUCGCUUUAAAGGAGGAGACAAACUCGCCUUGCUGAUUGCUGCCCAGAUAUAAAUGCUCAUACGGUGCUGAUGACCUUGCUGUCUUUUCUCAAGUGGCAAACAUAACAUUGUCGACACCGAGGCCCACCACAUAUUUGACGAAAAACGAACACUAGUUGAAAUAUGGGCGGGAAAAUCAGUAAAACUCUGAAAAAGGCAAAGACCAAGCGCAGAUCAGCAGAAACAAGUGCGGACGCUCAAGGCAGUGCGGUCACCACGCCAGCUCCGGGUGCGCCUAGUACACCUGCAUCGAAUGCGCCAACGUCUGAGGCUGCAGGUCCUGCGACGGACGCGCAAAAGGCAACAGCUCCUCAUGAUUCUACCGUUGGACCUGUGUCGUCUGCACCAGCCGUGGAAAAGGCGCUACCUGUUGCGCCUGAGGUAAAGGCCGAAACCGCAACAGGUGCUGCCACUGCAACGGGCGAUGCUAGUGCAGAUGCAGAUGCCCUCAAAUCGAGCCCACCGACAGAUCAAGUAGCGGCUCCUGCAAAACCAAGUCCUGCACGGAAGCCCAAGAUUUACGUGAUUAUCCAUUCGAACUGGGGACAUGUCAAGAAGCUUGCGGAUGCAAUCCUGAAGGGGCUGGAGGAAGGUGGAGCUGAAGCAAAGCUCUGGCGUGUCAGAGAGACGUUGUCCAAAGAAGUAUUAGAGAAGAUGCAUGCAAGUACGGAAUUCGAGGACAUCCCAAUCAUUGAGCCAGAGCAAAUGGUGGAAGCGGACGGCCUCUUGUUUGGAAUUCCUACGCGAUAUGGCACCCAACCCGCUCAGAUCAAGACAUUCUGGGAUGGAACUGGGCACCUUUGGCAAAAGGGGGCUUUGAUUGGAAAAUACGGCGGUCUCUUUUUUUCAACUGCGACACAGCAUGGAGGACAGGAAACCACAGCCUUUUCUUUCCUUCCACACUUUGCGCAUCAUGGCAUCUUAUACGUGCCCAUAGGGUACACAACUCCCAUUCUGCAUGACAAUACUGAGGUCGUUGGGGGUAGUCCUUAUGGUGCUGGCACCAUUGCAGGCGGUGACGGAUCUCGUCAACCAUCUCAGAAGGAACUUGAUAUUGGUGUUCACCAGGGAAAGCAUUUUGCAGCUAUUGUUUCCCGAGGUUUGUCUGUUUAAGCCUUCCGUUCAAUGCUAUAUGAUGUUGUUUUUUGGGCUAGGAUUUAGGUUAUUGGAGGGUGGAUAUGUAUCUUGACAAGGAUGGUAUUGCUCAGAUGGCUAUUAAUAUAAAUGUUGAUUUGCC